AUGGAUUUGAACGCCAAAGAUUCUUUUUACCCUCAGUUUGACUGCUGCAACGGUUCUUCUCUGGGAAUGGACACCGGCGUGAGAAAAGACAAUCAGGACGUGUUCGCCGAUGCUGAGCGCUCGGUUCCUGCACAGUUUGGCCACGAAGGAACCCCCGCAACGCUCAAGACCGAAGCUUCCAACUCGGAAUACGCUUUUAACCCUUGCGAGGGCACCAAAGACACCUACACCCCCUCUUCGCUCGCCUACUCCGGCAGCUUCUACGUUGAAGCAUCUCAGGGAGCGCCGUGCACCACAGAGACCCUCCUCAACAUGAUCACUGAAAUCGUGGGUAUAUCCACGAUGCCUCUGUCAGAGGCCCAGCAAAGCGCUAACAGCCGGGGAACUUCAUACACGCCACCCAUGGACACCACUCAUUUUGGAGACGUCAAAAAGCAACCGUUCACCUGCUCCGCACCAACACCCCCUCCGUACCCUUCCUCCGACCAUCAGACGGGGUUCUCCCAUGAUCAGGAUGAUCUUCCGGCUCCGGAAGCGUCCACUUCUCAGCUCAGCUUCUCCUCAAGUCUGCAGACCAAGGCCGAGCCAAAAUCCGAGGCGGCCUCCUUCCCGGUGGUGGUCAAGAAUGAGUUUGAAAGCUACGAGUGGGGGGCUUUCACCAAGUCUGACUGUUUAGAAAGCAGCUUCCAGACAGAAACGUUCCCCAUGUCCAACGACUUCCCCCCGGAGCAGCAAAUGGAUGUUAAGGAACUUUUAGAUACCUUCCCCUCGAUGUGCCCGAACCCGGAGGUGGAGUUUAAAGUGGAGGGGGGCAUCAAGCAAGAGCCGUGUUUCUCGGAUACCUGCUCCCAGAGCUACGCUUACAACGGUUACCUCCCCCCGCCUAUGGGCCUCUCCUCGAACCUGAAACCGUACCCCGAACCCCCGCAGGCAUCCAAUCAAUGUGACUCCCUUUAUGCUUCGCCUGCUUUGCCGAGCACCAUUGACUCCAUCCUCUACUCUUCCUUGUUGUCUGAUUCAUUUGCGCAAAGUUACACCGCUCGCGCCACCACCAGUACUCCCGCCGCCACAACCACAAUCAAGACCCCGAGACCCCGUAAGAGCCCCGCCUCCUCCUCCCACGGUCCGGCCAAAGAGAAACCCUUCACCUGCCCCAUGGAGAGCUGCGACCGCCGCUUCUCUCGCUCGGAUGAGCUCAACCGGCACAUCCGUAUCCACACGGGCCACAAGCCCUUCCAGUGCCGUAUCUGCUUGCGCAGUUUCAGCCGGAGCGACCACCUGACCACGCACACCAGGACUCACACUGGGGAGAAGCCCUUCUCUUGCGACGUGUGCGGAAAGCGUUUCGCCCGCAGCGACGAGCGCAAGCGGCACGGCCGAGUGCACCAGAAGCAGAAGGAGAAAAUGGAGCUAAAGCCACAAGUGACUCCUAGUGCGUGGCCUUUCACUCUUGCGGAGGGGAUUUGA